AUGACUAAUAUUGAUUACGCUGAGGGGAGACCUUACAAAGAAUGUGAACAUCUAAUUGGAGGAAACCACACGAUUAUGCUGAAUAAAUCACUAUCGUUUUACGGCUUUAAUGGAAGUGCGAUAUUACAUUGUGAACAACCAUACUCAUUUUUUGAGAUAAAUAGUUCUUUGUUUUCAACGCCAAAGAUUGUAUUUUCUAACCUUUCACUAGCUAGCCGUGGAAUAUUUUUGCUUAAUGCUGAUUCUAAAUAUGUUAGUAGGUUUGAACUAGAAUUUAAAUUCUGCGACAUAAACAGAUCUUUGUAUUUUGUUAAGGCAUCAGCUGCCUUAUCUUGUUCAAUUCAAGUAGUUAAUUGCAACAUUCGAAGCGUUCUUAAUCCAAUAAUGUUGACUUGCACUUUCAAUCUGACGGCUCGUCUGGCUGGAUCGACAUUUUUCUCAUGCUCAAUUGAACUAGAGGCGUAUGAACAUAUCUUAUUUAGGCAAACUCAAUAUGAUCGAGAACCAUCAGUGAACGUUCAUAUUUAUAACUGCACUUUUAUACUGUCGAAAAGACAACCAUCUUGUAGUUCGUUUGUCGAAAUUGUAUCUUUGAUUGAUAUUAGUAACAUAACGAUUGCGUCUUCUGUAUUUACCACAUUUUAUGGCACUGGUCAAACAACGGCACUUGGGAUAUCUGCUGAUGUACAAUCAAUUAAAACAAACAUUGUUUUGGAUAGAUUACGUUUUGAACACAUUUACAGUGAUUAUGAGGUUGUUAGCAUAACAAUAUGGCCAACGGUUCAUAGCAAAGUAUUUAAUGUUGGUAUAUUCAAUUCUGAGUUCGUAAAUACUACACGAGCAUUGGGUAUCUAUUUCCCCGGGUAUUCUUCUCCGCUCAUGGCUACGGUGAUCCUCCACAAUAAUACGUUUAAUAUUACCCAUAGUACAUUUGGAAAUGAAGGUCCAGUAUAUCUUUACGGUGGUUCGUACCAUAUUUCAUCGUGCCGUUUUUUUCAACAUGUCCCUGGGUACAUUCCUGAAUAUCCACUUAUUCAUGUUGAACACUCAGCCUCGAUAAAGUUUAAGAACUGUUGGUACGAAAGUUAUCUUAUUACAGAAACUAGUCGCAAUGGUAAUUUGUCGAACAGCAACAUGUUCUACGUUAUAUCGUACAGAUGGCUGGAAAUGGCACUUCUUGUUAUUAAGGGAUAUUUUACAAUCCUUUGUCCCAUAGGUUAUACCAUGCACUUAAGAGCCGAAUGUGAUAACAAAUCAGAUCUGACUUCUGAUGAAGCAGUAAGUUGCGACUUAUUUACUGCCUACUGUGAGCAAUGUCCUCGAAAGACAUACUCUUUAAAGAGAGGAGAGGUUCAUAAUACCCGGUCCAACCACAUCCAAUGUCAUGACUGCCCUGUUGGUGGGAACUGUGUCGAAGGCCUAGUGACGUCUAAACCUAAUUUUUGGGGAUACCAGUCAAACCAAACAGUCACGUUUCUACAAUGUCCUCCCAAAUACUGCUGUGAUACAGAUCACUGCGAACACUACAACAGUUGCCAUGGUAACAGAAUGGGAACCCUUUGUGGUGAAUGCCCUAGUGGGAUGUCGGAAUCUCUAUUUGACACAAAAUGUAAAGCAAACAAAGAUUGCACAAGUGUUACGUUUUGGCCAGCGAUCUCAGCUUACUUAAUUAUGUAUCUCUCAUUCUUCUUGUACCAGAAAGAUAUCAUCAAUUUUAUCCUGAGACGUUUUACGCCAAGAUGUUUUUUGUCUUCCAGAAAUGGUCGAAACUCCGAACCCGGUGGCUUCCUAAAAAUAAUUUUUUAUUAUUAUCACGUUGUUCAUUUGUUAGACAAAUCUGUUGGCUCAGAAGCAAAAGUUCAAUUAUUUGAUGACACAGAAAACUUUAUAUCCAGGGCAUUCAAUUUUCUUAUCAUUGCUAUUCCUUCCAUUGAUUGUCCAUUCCGAGAUAUUCGCCCUGUUCAAAAAGCGGUCAUAGUUCAUUCUGUAGGGUAUAGUUUGUUAGCACUUCUUUUUCUAUUGUAUCUUUCUAUAUUUGUAUUCAAGGUAGUUAAGAAACUGAGGACUAGAUCCACUCAGCAGACGGUUGCAGAUGCCGAAACAAUGGAUCAUAGUUCUAGUUUAGAAGAGAAUCCUCUUCUGGGCCGUAUUGUAGGGGCCUUUGCCAACAUUUCACUUUUGACGUACGCUUUGUCCACUCAACUCUGUCUUUCCCUCCUUCACUGUGUACCAGUUGGUGACAACCAAGUUUUAUUCCUUGAUGGUCAUGUAAAAUGUUACAAAACAUUUCAAUAUUUUCUUUUUGGUUACAUGAUAUCUUCCAUACUUCCAUUUUGUCUUGUUCCUGUUCUCGGCUCGUAUCUUUUGAAGUUAAAUCGUAUUUCUGUAGCACAGUUUUGCCUUGCUUGUAUCUUUCCACUGCCAUUUUGUUGUUAUUGGUCGUGUUUGUUGGUACGGAAUUCUUCGUGGUGGAUGAGACCUUCUCGUCGUGUAGAAACAAAUGAGCGAAUACAAGAUGAUGUAAUUGAUCAAAACUCUACUGAUUCAGCCACAACUGAAGGCAGGGGAACUGUGAGUGGAAAUUCAAACCCGGAAACCGAAAAUUUGAGCACACAAACUGAGUUGAGGGGCAGUAAAUCUGCCGUUCUUCAUAUCCUUCUAGGUCCAUUCAGGCCACACAAGGCAAUUUUUAUUUUCCCUGCCUCGCAUCUUCCAUGGGAAGGUUUUCUUAUUCUUCGAAGACUGGUAUUGAUUUUGGUCCUCACGUUUGUGUACGACACUCGUGUGAAGGCAACUCUAUCCAUGAUACUUUGUGCAGUUAUUUUACUGCCUCAUGUACUCGUUAAGCCUUUCAAGAGCGCCAGCGAUAACGUACUUGAAACAUUAUCCCUUGUAAUGCUGAUAAUCAUCUCUGGUUUUAAUUUGAUUAAAAGUAUUUAUUAUGGUGAAGAUUUGGACUCCGGUAGCAAGGCUUUGUUAAAUAUGAUCAACGUGAUUGAAAAUGCUCUUAUAAUUUUUCCCGUUGCUUUCAUACUUUCUUUGGUAAUGCUUUCCCUUCUUUUUAAACUGGUAAUGGUGUUUCGGCUUUGCUUUCAAGCUGCGUUCAGGCGAUUGAAACUGUUUAAAGAAACUAAUCAAAGACCGUCCGAGAACUGUACUCCUGAAGAGCAACAGUCUUUGCUCUCAUCGUGA